CAAGGAUCUUUUUCCAAACGCACGCCCUCAUAUUUAAAACGCCGCCAUCGAAAUUUUCUUCCUUUUUUGAAACGGCGCCACUGCCGAAAGAGCUAGAGAAAGCAUCCAAGGGUUACAAAAUUUUGACAGAAACAUUCUACAAUAUUCCUUCUCGCUCUUCCCACCUAUUUCUCCUCCAUGCUGAAAACAAAACACAAGCAUAAGGAUAAGGGAAAAGUAGAACCUGCGCCUUUAAGCAUCGAUACGUGUUUGACGUAUGGGUGCGGUGCCGGUGCUUCCUAUGAACACCAAACGCAUUUGUCCGACAGGAUUGCUCCUCCGUCUCCAGCACUUUCCGAUACGUCCAAACCUUUCGACGAGAGCAGUAGCUUAACGACGUCCACGAUGAAUUCUAUUCAAAGUUCUGGCGAAUCAGCCGCACGAGAUCGUAGCAGCAAAUCGUCAUGGAGCUCUCUUUUACAGCCCUGUGAUAAACCCAAGCAAAAGAAACCGUCGUCAUCCGCCGAAUCAAAAAGUCACCAGUUGAUCAGCCCCACAUCCAUCCAUGAUUCCGAUCGUUCUGAUGACUCCUCAUUUGCCUCUACUACAUCUGAUGGACCUCAGGUUCCGUCUUCACAUAGCAAGAAGACGCAAUCUUCUUUCUUUCGACGACGUUGGCCUGUGCAUAUUAAGCGACAAUCGACAUCAUCACCUCUGGAAGGUCUUGGAUCCGACACUCUCACUUACAUGGCCACACUUCCCCCUCAUUUUACUAGCAAUGUUCCGUACGAUGGCAACCUUUUGUAUGGACCCAGACUUCCUACGAAAACCAGCGAAGCUUCGUCUGAGACAGAUACAUCUCAGAUCAAUGCAGGGGAAGUUUCUCCCACUAGCACUGAUGAAACCCCACCUUCGUCAUCCGCCAGCCGAUCGUCAUCCACCAGCCGGUCGUCCUCAAUUGAUCACGUAACCUCGAUUUUCAAUGAGGCUUCUUCCGAAUCCCAUGUACAGGUUGCUACUACCGAUGAUAUCCCAUCAAAGAAGAACUUGGCUCCGUUGUCGCGUCCUGGUUUGAUUCGACGACGGUCAAGCUGUCCCGGCGGUAUCUGUCGCAAAACCUCCUCUCCAGCACGUUUGUCUCCUGGUGAGACAUUGGAUGCUGCUCAUGCUCAGAAACGCAAUCAGUCUCGGCCGUGUAGCCUAUUGCAGAAGAAGCAUUCACGACGUAGUUUUGCUGACCGAAUGAAGACUCGAUCUAUCACUGGCGAGUCGGAUCUCUCCUUCACCCUUACGAGUGCCACGUCGAAUGAGGACAAAAAACUGGGGAUCAGCGAUGUCGUGGAUCCCAUAUCCAGACGUCCUCUCUUGAGAUUUUCGUCAAUGAAGCCCCGAUCUGGUCACCAGCGACGUCGUACUUCUACGAAACGCGAAAUCAAGGCUCUCAAAGUCUGGCAUGAGGCUCUUGAAGAUUCUCUCAAGCAACAGCACCCACCAUCGUCCGGUUUGGAUUACGAAACUAUGGCUCCCGAGAAAAGAGACAAGGUUGCCUUGACACGCAAAUUCAUUCUUCGUGAGCUCUACACUACAGAAGUGACGUUCUGGAAUCAGUUAUACUAUGCCAAAGUCAUCUUCCACGAUCUUUUGAUACGUGCGAUCGAACAAAAUAGCCCGUUUGCAAGGCCAGAGGAUGUGGAGUAUUUUUCCAACUUGUGGGACUUGAUGGAAUUUUCCUCCAGCUUCAUACAACGGCUACGUUUAAACGUUCAAUAUGAACCAAAGCUCCUGAAUCCAACGACAUCCCCCUUUGAACCGCCCGAGAUCGAUAUCAAGUCUGUAAAGUGUCCGUCCGAUGUCCUUGUCGGUCAAGCUCUAUGCGACUUAGCUGAAGAUCUUGUCGUCUUCCUACGAUGCGCUAUUGAUUACAAGACGAAUCGCAAGAUGCUGGACACCAAAACAAGUGGUAAUAAACUGUACAUGGCAUGGCGCGAUAAAUUAAUGUCGCGUAAAGAAACCCGACAAUUCACCAUGUCCGACUACCUCAUUAUUCCCAUUCAACGUGUUGCCCGCUAUGGUCUGCUGUUAGCAGAUCUCCUAAAGCAUACAGAGCCUACCCAUCCAGAUUAUUACGAAAUUUACAAAGCCCAUAAGCUGGUCACCAGUCUGGCCACGGCCAUGAACUACGCCCAAAAAUAAUCAUUUCAUUUGACCUUAAUUCCCCAUCUAUCAUAAGUAAUUUAAUGUAUUUUACCUACCAAUAUCAAAUAUCUAGAUAAUUUUUACAACCUACAUUUAGUCGUAAUAAAAGGUCUUCGCAAU